AUGUCGAGAUCAAGCAUAUCGACAUCGAGUUUAUCAGAUACAGAUUCCUUCCCCUCUACACCUACAACUCCAACCACCCAAUUCACUCUUCCCCUCUCAAGUGGCUGCUCUCCCACAGUAAUCACAAUCACAAUAAUAAACCCAACCCCUUACUCCCUCCAAGCAAUCAAAAACAACCAUGGCUGGAACCACCUCCAAGAUCCCAUCUGUCCAAACUCCGAUGGUACAUUGAUCCUCCAUUCCCCCAACACGGGAAAGGCAGCCUACAUCCUCGGAGACACAGGUGAUGUCAUAGAAGUUGCCGGAGGAAUAGGGAUGGGUGAUCAUCCCAUGGUCAAACUAUGUCCGGAGCUUGGAGGAGGAGACAAUGAGGUAUUGGAAUGUGUGAUGAAAGAACCGGGCCAUUUCGUCUAUAGGUUACCCGAAAUGGAACAUAUGAAUCAUGCGCAUGCGAUGGUCGAAAUGGAAGGUCUUAGUACGGAUUUGAUGGUUAAUAAUUUCACUCCUUGCUUUUGA